AAAAAGAAGAUAAGACUUGUUUUUAAAAGCAUUGUUGUCUAUGGCUCUCUCUCUUCUCACAUAACAACUUAACUAACCAUUGACACUUAGAGCAUCCAUCCAUCCAUCAUGUCGCUCGCUUCCAUUUCUUCGGCAUUCUCCUCAUUCUCAAUUUCAUUACCCUCCUCCUCCCGUUCUACUUCACUUUCAUUCUCAACUUCAAUUUCCAAGAAUCCCUCUUCUCAAUUCCUCAAAUUGCAGCAACAUGAUAGACCAAAAAGACGAGUGGUUGUCAUGAGUAUGGAGGCUGGCGUUGGAGUCAUGGCUACCAAACUCGGAAUGAUGACUUAUUUUGAACCUAACGGAGAAGUUGUUCCCGUUACCAUUGUCGGUUUCAAAGAAGGCAACAUUGUCACUCAGAUCAAAACCGAAGCCACGGACGGUUACAACGCUGUCCAAGUCGGUUACCGUAGGGUUAGGGACACCAAAUUGACCCAACCCGAAUUGGGUCAUCUUAAAAAGUCUGGAGUCAUUCCUUUGCGCCAUCUUCAGGAGUUUCGUCUUCAAACUGUUGAAGGAUUUCAACCUAAUCAGCUCCUUGUCUUUGAUGAACUUUUCAAAGAGGGUGAUCUUGUUGAUGUCUCCGGCACCACCAUUGGCAAGGGUUUCCAAGGUGGAAUCAAGCGAUAUAACUUCAAGAGGGGUCCGAUGAGCCAUGGUUCCAAGAGUCAUAGACAAUUGGGUUCAAUUGGUGCCGGAACUACACCUGGUCGGGUAUACAAGGGAAAAAAGAUGCCUGGGAGAAUGGGUGGAUCCAACACAAAGAUCAGAAAGCUUAAGAUUGUUAAAAUUGAUAAAGAGCUUAAUGUUAUCAUGAUCAAAGGUGCUCUUCCUGGUAAGCCUGGGAAUCUUUUGCGGAUAGCUCCGGCCAAGAUUGUUGGCAAGAACAUUCCAAAGAAUUAGUCUCUUGCUCUUGUAAGGUUUUUGUUUUUCUUUUCUUCUUACUUUGUGUUAUCUUUGGUUAGCUUGUCUGUAACUGUUGUUAAAUUUAUUUAUACACUACUUUUUGCUUUCUCAAUCCAUUGAGUUGAUUCUGUUA